AUGGCAAACUGGAAAGAUUUGCGGGCCUUUAAACAGGCCUCCCUGAACAUGGUUCUAGCGAUCUUUGUCAUGAGCGUAAGUGUAUUCAGCUAUGGGUUCGACAACAGCGUAUUUUCUACUAUUCAAGCAAUGGACGCAUACGAAAAGCGAUUUGGUACCUAUAAUCCCGAGACGAAAACGUGGGGAUUCACUACACAACAUCUAUCUUUCUUAAAUUCCCUCGGUCUUCCAGCCAAAUGCGUUGGCGCAGUAAUGGGCCUUCUGGUAGCUGAGAAAUUCGGCAGAAGAAUCUCUUACCUAGUCAUGCAAUUCGUCGUUCUCGCCGGUAUCGCUGUCAGUUACAGUGCAACAGCUUAUGGCGGUGCUCUAGCGGGCCGUAUUCUCGUUCAAUGUUUUGUUGGAUGGGAUAACUUUCUCGUGCCCAUGUUCCUGGCCGAGAUCAGUCCGGCAGCCCUCCGAGGGGCGAUCGUGGUAAUAUACGUUUUCGCACAUAUCUUCGGAUCUCUCAUCUGCUCGUUCAUUACGCUCGUCACUGCCAAAUACGAAGGUGAUGCCUCUUGGCAAACUCCACUUGCUUCUAUGUUUGCCUUCCCCGCAUUUGUGUUGUUAUUUUCCUGGUUUGUACCGGAAAGUCCCCGAUGGCUUGUUCGCAAGGGUCAAAAUGAAAAGGCCCUGAAGCACCUACGAUGGCUGCGGGGUUCUCGUUUAUCAGAGGAAGAAAGUCAAGCCGAGGUUCAUGCAUUGCAAGAAAGUAUCGAGCAAGACCGUGAUGUUAAAGGAAAAUGGGGGGACUUUCUGAAAGGCCCAAACAAGAGACGACUCCGGAUCGCAAUCGCUGUCGCUAUCUUCAACCAAGUUACAGGACAGAGUUUUAUGAGUCAAUAUGGGGCUAUAUUCAUCAAAAGUCUCGGUACCUUGAGCCCCUUUACAUUCCAAUCCGUUUCAUCGGGAAUCACCUGUCUUGGACCUAUCAUCACCUUCACAUUUGUCGACAUGAUCGGGACCGGUGAUGUUUCCGUAUCCGACAAAACAGGAAUCGUCGCCACCUGUACACUAUUCGGCUUCUUCUAUGUCAUGUCGUUUGGUGGGAUUGGUGCUGUGACUGCUGCAGAGGUCCCCCAUCUACGACUACGAGACAAAAACGCCCUGGUGGUGUACUGCACUCAAUUUGUCUUUGACUUCAUCGUCACGCUGACUCUACCUUAUCUCCUAAAUGCCGACUAUGCAAAUCUUCAAUCCAAGGUUGGAUUUAUUUAUGGCAGUUGUGGUAUCCUUGGUCUUACAUGGGCAUAUUUUUGUCUUCCUGAUAUGGCAGGACGAUCACUCGAGGAGUUGGAACAGAUGUGGACUGAGCGUGUCCCUGCUCGCGCAUUUCGCAAAUGGAUAUCCACUGCGGAAACCAGUGCCGACGAUGAUAUGGCCAAAAUCGCAAUCUCCUCGAAACUAGAUUCUGACAGGUGUUAA